AUGACUUUGUGCAAUCUCUCACCAAGAAUGAAUGUUUGACUAUCGAUGAUGAGGGUGUUGGCAAUGAAACAAAAGUUUUGGGUGAAAAGGUUCGCCAUUUGACAUAAGUUUGAAACAUGGUGGGCCACUCCCACUUUUAAUGCAUAUUACAAUUGCAAAAAUCUGCGUACUCUCACAAUUCUUUGGUCAUACAAUCCUAAUCCUACAACGAUGGAUUUCAAUUUUAUUUUACAAUUGAAAUGUCUAAGGUCAUUAAAUUUGAAUUGCAGUAGCAUAAGUGAAGUCCCAAAAGAAAUUGGUGAAUUGAUACAUUUGAGGCAUAUUGAUUUGUCAUGGAAUCAUGAUCUAAAGACAUUACCUGAUAGUAUCUGUGAGUUGUACAAUUUGUAUACCUUGCGUCUUUUUGGCUGUCAGCGAUUUGAAAAACUACCUGAUAAGAUGGGAAAGUUGAUUAGCUUAAAGCACCUUUAUGUUUUAGGGUGUUUUAAGCUUAAGUACUUACCAAAAGGGAUUCGUAGAUUAAAGAAUUUGAAAACAAUUGAUUGGUAUGUUGUGGAUUGUGGCGAGGAUGAGGGUACAACAGCAUUACAAUUGGGAGAUCUGAAAGUCUUGAACUGGAGGGCUGUCUCCACAUAAAAUUGAAGGGGAAUGUGAAAGAUGAGAGUGAGCUUGAGAAAGCACAGUUGUGGGACAUGAACCAACUCUUUUAUCUCAUAAUUGAUUGUAGUGAUGUCCAGUACAAGCAGCAAGCAAGAAGCACUGUUGAAAUACUAAAUGUCUUACGACCGCAUGAAAAUCUGGAAUCUUUACACAUUUCUCAUCAUUCGGGCACCACCUGCCCCAAUUGGAUGAUGUCUUUGCGAAACUUAAGAAGCAUCAUUCUAGUUGAUUGGUAUAAUUGUGAGUUUUUGCCUCCUCUUGGGAAAUUGCCAUACCUUGAAGAACUAUCUCUAUGGGUAAUGCAAAAGGUGAAAAAGAUUGGUGGUGAGUUUUUGGGAAUAGUCGACCAAGAUUACGCAAUGUCAUUGAAAUUAUCAUCAUCAUCAUCAUCAUUUUUCCCAAAGUUGAAACAACUAGGGAUCUACAGCAUGUCAGCGUUGGAAGAGUGGGAAGUAGGCGUGGAAGGGUGGAACAAAGAGGAUUCUGAAAUUUCAAUCAUGCCAUGCCUUUCCUCCUUAGAAAUCAGUUGCUGCAAAAACUUAACAACACUGCCAGACUUCCUCUGCAAAACACCGGUGCAAGAGCUUAUCAUUUGGGGUUGUCUGAAUCUUUCAGAGCGUUGUCAACAAGGCAGUGGAGAGGAGUGGCCCAAGAUUUCUCACAUCCCAAACAUCAAAAUCUCAUCAUAAAUCUGGAGAAGGAGAGAUGAGUAAUGUGGAUCAAGUGGUGACCCACGAGCUAGGCGUAUAGAUUAAUCUUCUUUGGAAAGGUAAUUAUUCAUCUGUACGUACCAAAUUCGAUAUCAAAUUUUCCCAAGCAUGGAUUUGCUUAUCUUAGUUGCGCAAGUUUUUGCACAACAUACGAAAGACUGAGCAGAUGUGAGCCAAAUUAAGGAGCGUCAGUUGAACUCACCUUCAAGUUUCCAGUGAGGGAUUCUGCCGAAUCAAAAGGCGUGAUGUUGACCAGUCAACGUCCCCUCCUAAAGUUUCAACUGAACUUUUGUUCAUCUUCACCAAUGCCGUGAGAACUUGUAGGCAUUGGAAAGUGAUUCGUCAAAGCAUUCCUCUGUUGACUCCUCAUUACUUGAACCUGCGCUUAAUGAUCCUUCACUGGCUUUUUUCAACAUGUCAAAUACAAUUAUGUGGAUAGGGAAGCUAACUGCAUUGCACAUAGACAUAGUUUGGUUUGAGGAGCGUUGUAAAGAGUAGUUAUACUAUGUAAAUUUGGUGUGUGGCGUUUUUUUCUCUUUUGACCGGGUUAAAAUUCCCGACAAGGAUUUUAUUGUGGCCCUUUUCAGUGGUGUACCCUAUUCUCUCUUGUACAUGUUCUUCUAUAAUGCUAAUGAAUAUUGUACUUGUCUCCAAAAA